UUGUAGUUCUGAGAACCGAUCGUUGUCCAGUUUCAGAGAAAUGAGUGAAACAUCAUCAUAAGCCGUUACAUUACAGCCUCCUGCUCGAUGGUGACUGAUCCCUCGCAAGUGACAGAUGCGGAUGGCGUGUGCUGCCCAGAUCGCACGAGACUGUGUAACGCAUCUGGCGCGGACCCGGCCCUUUUCUGGCACGAGUUCACUGGCUGUGUGGUCACGAAGACAGAGAUGAAUAAUUGACUAAGGCUUCUAAAAUAGGAGCGACUCUUCGUGUUAGUCCCGCGCCGAGAUUAGAGACAGCACACUUGCGGCUUUUAACGUCUUCCUAAACCAAUCCCGAUGCUACAAUCAGCAAAUGAAUUGCCCUGCAUAUUUAAUACAUAGCUUUACGUCCAAAACAGUGCGGAUUAAAUUGAUUUGGUUCCAGUUCUUUCUCAGCAAAGUAUUUCCCCCUGCAAAUAUUUACAGUCUUUAACAGGCAUUUAAAUUUAAAUUUAGCUUUCCUUUGUAUCUGCUGUGCAGUACGUAUUUUAUCACAGUGAAGUUAUUAAUGUGCGCUUAGUUAUUAAUGCAUCGUUCCUAUCAGUCGGUCGCCUGCAGAAUAGCUGCGAGCGCUCGUGUCGGCGCAUGUGGACGCCUCUAGAGCCCGAGUCCGCGAGAGGGAGAGAGUGAGAGAGCGAGCGAGCGAGCAGGGGAGAGAACGAGGGACCUUUAGCCACCAGGAAUAUCGCGAUUUAAGAGUGAGUGAAUUACCACAGCGCGCUUCAGCGGGUUACGUUACGCAACGCGCUCCCUCCAGCCGCAGCAGUGGAUAACAGUAAGCGCGGGGGACCAAAAGCAGAACUCGAAGCACAAGCUGAUUACAGGGGGAACGGAGAGGACACAGCGCUGCAGCCACCUGGAAGUCACACACACAACAUGGUCAACUCUCAGCGUUCCCUCAGCACAAAUGGAGACUAACCUUACAUCUUAACCCAGGGGGAGUUAAAAAAGAGAAUUAUUAGAGAAUUUGGAAAGAAGUUUGAACAAGAAAGGGCAACUCCAAGGGCCUGGGGAACACCCAGAUGGAGAUGAAGGAGUGACCGCUGGUUCUUUCUCUUCUCUUCUCUUCUCUUCUCUUCUCUUCGGUUUCCUCCGGCUUCCUGAUCCUCCAUGGGACACGGGACCAGAAGUCUCGGGGGUCUGUCCCCACUGGGACCCCUGCUGCUGCUCACCUGGGCAGCAACCCUUGCGGCGGGUCAGGGCCAGGAGGGGUCCGCUGCCGGCCCCACUCACCUGAACCUAACACACCUGAGUGCCACGCCGGAGCUCCUGAGCACUGUGGAGCCGGAGCUGAGAGCAGAGGACCGGGGAAACAGCACUCAGGGGACCACCGGCAACGACACAGGUCUGAGCUGUAUGUCCCUCCUGCCGCCCCGUAGGGGCUCCUUCUACGUGGAGCAGGGCACUGGCGUGUCCCUGGGCACGGUGCUGGCCUUCUGGUGCCGCGAGGGCUUCCAGCUGGUGGGCAGUGAGAGACUCUCCUGCGUCAUGCGCUCUGGCGCCCCCCAGUGGAGCAACUACCAGCCUGUGUGUGAGGCUAUCCCCAAACCAGAGGACCGGGGGCUGAGGGUGGCCGUGUUGGCCUCUGUGGUGAGUGGCAUCGUGAUCCUGGCCAUGUCCGUGUCCUUCCUCAUCUGCUGCCUGCAGGAGCGCUUGGGCAAGGACACGAGCCGCCGGGAGAGCAGGAGCAGUGGCAGGAGGAGAGAUAAGCUCCGUCACUCGUCUCGCAGUGAUUGCUGGCUGGAGAGAGACGACAGUGACUGGGAGGUGUUCCCCCCUCCGAAGGUCUUUCACCUGUCGCCGCGCUACGAGCCCCAGUACCCCCCCAGCAGCACCCCCCUCUACGUGGGGGGACUGGGUGGCUAUGACAACCGGGGCUAUCUGAGGAGCCAGGAGAACCUGAUGAAAGCCCCCCUGCCAGGCCUCUACCACACUGAGAGUCAGCUGUACCCCCACAUGGUGCUCCAGAGGGUACCCACCCCCACCGCCCCGACCCCUUCUGCUCCUACUGCCCCUCUAUACCUCCAACUCCAGCCCCAGUCCACACAAGGCUCUACUGCCCCCACCCAAGUCCUCCCCCCCUACCACAAACCACCCUACCCCAGCCCCAACGGCACCCCCCAGAGGCUGUGGCAGUAGUUACACCCAUUCAGGGACACUCGGAGGACGCUGGACGCACACUAUGAAGACAGUGGAAGGACAUUAGGGGGACCAUUGGACACUGUUGGACAUUCAAUGGACACGGAGACAGAAGAAAGAGUGUGUCAUGUCCAGACCCUUGAGCUCUCGUUUGAGGGACGGGUGGUGUGUGGAUCACUCUCGUCAUGCUUCUCCACCAGCUCUUCGACGGGUCUGACCACCGACCCGUCAUCAUCCCGUCACGGAGAGAUGCAUACCGUUCCCAUACUGUGCAUCGAGUGUUUUGAGACAAACUGAACGUUCUCCGGUUGAGUUGAGAUCCACAGUUGUUGGGAAUUUUUUUUGGGGGGGGGGGAAAUGGUAUUUCACCCCUUUUAAAGUUAGCAGAUCGCAUACGUUGCAUUCCGUAGGAUGUUGUAUGUUUCCAGAUGGCGUUUGUAUAACUUCCUUAAGAGGUCAAGCCAUAGGAAGAGCUAUUAAUAUAAAGUAUAGAUCAGGGGUUAGCCUGGCCAAACCUCACAGAUCCACCGUCUAACAGCUUUCCUGUGGUUUGACUCUAACUCACGUUUCUUCAGUCAGACACCAUUGCACCAUUGCUCUAAGUGAUAUAUAGUGGAUUCAGAAAUUAUUCAGCCCGCUUCACUUGUAAAACCCGAAUUUUUGAGUAUGUAUGUGUGAGUGUGUGUGUGUGUGUGUGUGUGUGUGUGUGUGUGUGUGUGUGUGUGUGAUUUUUCCAAUAAAUCUGCCAGCAUGUCUAAAAAGGUACUUUUACCUUCUCAUUACGGGUUGUUGAGUGUCGAUUGAUGAGGGGGAAAACAAUUGAAAUGAUUUUAGCAAAUGGUUGCAACAAAUGAAAAGAGGUCUGAAUUCUUUCUGAAUGCCCCAUACUGCAAAAAGAACUGUCAAUCAACAGAUUAUGUUUUGGAAUUAAAUUGCAAAUGCUGCCCUUCUACUAACUUCAUGUGUAGAUGUAUGUGUAGGUCUCUGGGUGUGUGUGUGUGUGUGUGUAUGUUUGCGUGUGCGUGUGUGUGUGUAUGUGUGUGUGUAUGUGUGUG